GAAAAACAAGAGAAAAAAAAAUAUUCUGAACCAAUGGACUGCAGACACAGUACAGGGGAUGACCAGAGACUGCGGACACAGUACAGGAGCAGAGACUGCGGACAUAGUACAGGAGAUGACCAGAGACCGCGGACAUAGUACAGGAGAUGACCAGAGACCGCGGACCUUUGGGGAGGGAGGGGGAGCGGGUACCUAAAUUUGACAGGUACCCGCUCCCACUUCCGCGGAGUUGCCUUCCCUCUUCUUCCCGGGCCGGCUUCUGUGACAGCCGGGUGCCCACUGCGCAUGCGCGAGAAGCGCUGCGCUUUGUGAAUGGCCCGGCGCCUUCUGGG